UCAGAUCUCUUUCAUUCAUUCAUUGAUCAAGACGGCGACUCGUGCGGCAAUUAGCACUUAAAGAAUCGAAGGGCAACUACUAUACAAACAUCAAUAUCACUUCCGCGGUGUUAUUUUUAUAGUUCCCCAAAAUGUUAAAUUAACAUAAUUAGAUUUACGCAAUGCGCGUUUAUUACAAUCAAUUGAGGUUUUUUCGACGUUUGAAUGGCACUUGAAUACUUUUCUCGGCUGGCAAUGAGACUUGGAACCUGAAAUUGCACUCACGCACCUGUACAGACUGUAGUUUGACCGCGGACGUGAUCCCAAGUGCAUCUCGUCGAGAGAAAGUCGCCGAAAAAAAUCAAAAUGGAUGUGUUUUUCGCAGCGUAUUGCGCGGCGCUCUUUGCGCUGCCCUUAUUGCUCUAUAAACUAACAUUACCCAGUAAUCACGGACGAGAAAAACGCACUAAAGAUUGGUACUACGCGCUGAAAAGGAUUCUAUGUCUUCAGAAACUAAACAAUUUUAUUAAUCGUAAAGUUGAACUACCUGUUGACCGACCGCGACUCGCAAGCGAGAAAUGGGAUGAAGAUUUAUUGGUGUUUCACGGCGUUGAUUUGCAUAAUAAUGCGAUUUACGUGCGCUUUGCGGUCGGUAAGUCACCGCAAACAUUCGCGGAGAUUUUGGUGCAGCUGCGAUUGGCGGACGGGCGCGUUUUUUGCCUUCCGAACGGCGUGCAGCUGUGCUCCCUACGCUCGCAGGUGUGGCGGACUAAAGUGUUAACAAUCUCGCGACAACUCGACGGCAAUUAUCGGCUUGUAUUCAAUGGCUUCUUGAAAGAAAUCACAAACACUUCCAUUCAGAAUGUGCAACAUGUUGCGAUCAAUUGUCUGUUUUCGAGAGCAAGUGACGCUUUGCAAUAUCCUAAGUUUUUCGAUAAGGGAUUAUUUGGAGAUGCAGUUGGACGUGUGCAAUGGCGAGAUGGUAAUUGGACAGAAAAACUUGGUGAUCAACUGGGUGAAAGUCACUUUGGUGAACUACACGGGACAGUCAAAAGCGGCCAUUUUGAUUUGAACCUAACUCUAUCCUUGGGCGCAUACCAAACUCGUCGUUUCGGUACGGCAGAUCGUUACGAAUGCGCAAGAAACAUCGAAAUGUUAACCAUGACCGAUGAUGGAACACUUAUCUUCGCUGAAAACCGUCGUACAGCAUACACACCAUCCGCACAAGUAAGACAUGGCGCUGUUCUACUUCCCAAUGGUGAUUACAUAGCUAUAAACGGAUGUGAUUUACCUCUUCCUGAUGAAUACGGAAACAUAACAAACAUGACAGUGCACAUAUCAACUGCACGCAACAAUAUGAAGACAUUCAUGACUCUUGACAACAAAAGCGAAGUUAGACACUCUUCCAGCCACUGGGACGCUGGUUAUGACUUAGUUAACAAACUAGCAGAGACAUGCACAUCAACAGGACGUGGUGUAACCUCCAUAUUGUUUUUUAAACGCACGCGGGGUGAUGCAAACACAACAUGGCUGCCACCAUUAGUAGGAAGUGUUAAUAACAAUGAGAAAACAUCUAGUGAAGAGUUGAUUCUACCAUUGGAUAAUCCCACAGCGCAGAAUCUGAGUCUUACAGGCGGGAAAGGACAGUCUUUGGCGAUAUUAGCAUCUUUACAAGCAGAAUUAAACUUUAAAAUCCCUCAGGGUUUUGUUAUCACUACAAGAGCAAUGAUGACACAUACAGAAAGCACUCCUGAAUUCCGUAAAGCAAUGACCAAGUUAAAAAUGUGUGCUGGAAGCUCCAAAAGGGAUAUCGUAGAAGAAGCUUGUAACAAUAUACAGAGUGUUAUAAUAAACACCCCAAUAUCAAAAGAACUAGAAAGUGGAAUUAUAACUUCAUUGAAACAGUUAACAAUGAAGAAUUCUAAAAAUUCUAACAUUUCUUUUGCUGUGCGUUCAUCAGGAGUAAGCGAAGACUCAGAGAUAACCUCCGCAGCAGGUCAAAACGAAACAUUCCUAGGCUGUCGUAGUGAAGAAGAAAUCCUAUCAGCAGUUAAGCAGUGCUGGGCUUCGCUAUACGCUUUCCGCAGCGUGGAAUACCGCCGCCAUCAUGGAUUAGACAUAGAAACAUCCAUGGGCGUCGUGGUGCAAACCAUGAUCGACUCACGUAUUGCCGGAGUGUUAUUCACGUGUGACUUAGAUGGAAACCCAAGCCGCCUGCGUAUUACUUCUAAUUAUGGCCUGGGAGAAAGUAUUGUUUCCGGUGAAGAAGGAGGUGAUCUAAUCUACGUACGACGCACAUACAACAAUAAACUGUCAAUAGAAUCAGAGAAGAUAAACAAAAAGAAGACAAAAACCACGCUGUGUCAGGAAAACGGCACAAGGACAGUGUAUUUAAGUGACGCAUCUUCAAGACAGAUGAGUAUUUGCCAUGAAGAAGUAUUAAUUCUAUCAAAAACCGCUGUGGAGUUAGAAGAUAAAUACGGGAAACAUUUAGACAUAGAAUGGGCGUUUGAUAAGGAUAAACUUGUGUUGCUCCAAGCGAGACCUGUGACUUUUUUGGAAAACUGGACGGAUUACGAGUUGGAACAUGAGUUUGACAUUCCAAUCCUCUGCAAUAAAAAUGUUUUCACGACCGCGAAUGUGAAAGAAGUAAUGCCCGGAGCAAUCACGCCAUUAUGCAAUUCGACAAUCAUUCGAUCCGUGGAUGAAAGCGUCGGAAUGUGCGUGUCAGCAAAUUUCAACCAACGUCUAACACGUCGUAAAUACCUGGUAACCAUGCAUCAUCACAUCUUCAUGGACUUUUUCAAGGUCCUCAUGGCGGUACCUUCGGAUAAAAUAGACUUAACCGUCAGGUCUAUUGAUAUAAGUGUCUGUGGACAUCCGGUAACCACUCCGGAAAUGUUACAACGCGCUAUUGUCAUGAACGGAAGGACAACCAUCGUGAAAAAAGCACGCAGUGUCUGGGAUUUACUCAAAGGCUGCUGGAAAGUUGGUGCGUUGAUAGAAGAAACACAAAAGUUAGCCACAGCGCCGUUUUUAACCGGAAAUGGCGGUUUGAAUGACUUGCUAUAUCGCAUUGACCGCCAUCUGGAGGAUUUCAUGCGUGUUAUAAACACACAUUCAAUUGCUUCGCGUGCGAGUAGUUUCUACCAGAUGUUAUCGAUGAAUAUUCUAUCAUCAGAGGGUAGUAAUGCCGGCGAUGGGAGUGAAUUAACUCCGGAGAAGUUUGCGCAGAUUGCUUUGUUGUUUUCUAAUGGGAGUGGAGUGAUUUCAGCGGAGAUACCUGCUGACUUAGAGGAUAUAGCAACAGAAAUACGUAAAUCUCCGUUGAGAGAUGAUUUUGUUUCAUCAGAAGCAAAAAAAGCCGAGGAGAUAUUAAAAGACAUACCGGAAGCUUAUAAAAAAUAUGAGAAGUUUUUACAAAAGCACGGACAUCGAUCUUCAAGGGAAUUUGAAUUGAUGGAGACUUCCUGGGGGAAUAAUACGGAUAUUUUGGUGAAAAUGUUGCAAACUUUGGGUAAACUAAACAACGGAACCAAAAAAGCGCCGCCAUUAUCCGUUGACGAUGUUGUGAAUCAACUAGGCAGCCAGAUGAACAAACGUUUCUUGAAGUUUCUGGUUGGGAAAUGUCGUGCGGGAGUUGUGAAUCGUGAAAAAUCAAAAUCCGAAGUUGUAAGACACAUAAACACGUUUCGGGGAGCAAUUAAACUCCUUGGGGAGCGUCUGUGCCAGCUACAAAUCAUCCCACAACCUGAAUUGGUGUAUUUUCUAACUUAUGAUGAGAUAAAAUAUUUAUCUAAACAAUCGGAUCCAGUCCCUAUCGCAAAGGCAAUGCGGAGGAAACGCCUGUAUGAAACAUGGAACUCCUUCAAAUUCCCAGAAAUAUCCUCCGGAAUGCCACAACCAGCCCCGGAGCAACGCAAAAUGUAUACUAACAUUGAAGCUGAGUUAACUGGAACCCCAGUGUGUGCUGGAAGAGUAACAGCUCGAUGUUGCUGCAUAGACAACCUGCGGGACAUCGACCAACUGCAACAGGGUGAUGUAUUGGUGACCCAUGGCACAGAUGUAGCCUGGACACCCUACUUCCCAAUGUUAUCAGGAGUAGUAACCGAACUAGGCGGGUUAAUAUCCCAUGGCGCUGUUGUCGCCCGAGAAUACGGCCUGCCAUGUCUAGUAGGAGUCGAAGGAGCCCUCAACACCUUCCGCACAGGAGAUAACAUUGUCCUGGACGCCACCACCGGCCGCCUUUACAAACUCCCCGUGGAUGUUUAGAGUGUAUUUAGAUAUAAAAUAUAAAUUACAUAUCCGUCGUCGUGUAUAUCGCUAAGUUAUGUACAAAUAGAAGUAAUGAGCAAGUC